AUGAACGAAUUAGAAGAGAAUGAAGUAGAUAACGAAAAUUUUCAGUCUAUUGCUCAAAAUGAAAAUUACCGAGAAUCAACGCAUGUAUCAGAAUUUAGUGAUGAAGGACCCACUGAAAUGCCAGUAGUAGAAUUCUCUGCUAUGAAGACUACUGUAUAUGGGAUGAUUAUCGUUGUUACAAGUGCUGCAUCUGUGUGCGCCAAUUCACAAUUUACAAAUAUUGCCUACAAAGAUUAUAAUUUUACUGCAACAUCUAUGGCGAAUUGGUUUGCUUGCUCUGCGUUUCUAAUUAACUAUCCCAUAAUUGCAAUAAUUUUGAUGUGCUUUGGUCGCAAUCAUACAGAUAUAUACAGAGAAGCUAUGCUUGUUUGUGGUAAAGAUGGAUUUACGCUAAAAAGUGCAACAUAUAGAAUGCUAACCAUGGCUAUCAUGCUUGCUGUGGCUAAUUACGGAUAUUACUAUGCGUUAGCGUUUACUUCUCCUACAGAUGUUCUAGCAGUAUUUUCAUCCGUGGUUGGUUUUGCCUACGUUUUAUCUGUGAUAUGGCUUAAGGAACCAUUUAUCAUUAUUCGGUUCUUAGCGGUUUUACUAUCCAUUGCUGGCGUGGUCUUAAUAGCCUAUUCUGAAGGGUUAGGAUCACUUCAAGCGACUGGUGUAUUGCUCACAGCUGCAAGUGCUUUUUUUUCAGCGACUUUUCGGGUAAUAUCCAAGAAGUGUCUUGUAAGUAUAUCCUUGGCUCAGACAUCGAUGCUUCUUACCUUAGUUGGUUUUUAUUCCCUAGUAACAUUAUGGAUACCUACUCUCAUUUUACAUUUGGCUGGAAUUGAAGUAUUGACUGCCUCUAGUUUUCCUUGGCCAUUUUUUAUGAUUGGAAUUUUCAAUGUUAUAUACAAUUUACUUCUCUGCAUUGGAAUUGCAAUCACCUACCCUGCUUAUGCUUCAUUGGGCUCCUUAUUUGCCAUUCCUAUGAAUGCUGCAAUCGAUGUUUCUCUUCGACAAGAAAUCUUUAAUUUAUACAAAAUAUUAGGGACACUAUCUUUAAUAUUAGCUUUCUUAAUCCUCACUAUACCUGCAGAGACUGUUUUAGCAUUCUCUUCUAGAUUACGAUCUAGAAUAACGCGUAGACAAAAUAGACAGGAGGCACCAUCUAAUGAUCAGAGAUCAAUUUUUUAA